UAAUAAAGCAAUGUUGGUGCAAUGCAUUUUAUGUUAUGGUCUGUAUAGUAAGAUUGUUUAAAAUGCAUUUUAAUUCCAUGGUGUGUAACAGGACUCUCAGCAGGUGGAGGAUGAGCAGUUACCUUCGGUAACCGCGCCCGGUCCAUUUGAGAAUUUGGAUUGGGAUGGAGGCGAUGUUGGUAGUACACCGCUUGAUGUUGAGCCACUUGAAGAUGUCAGCACGAAACAUCGACAUAAGAGGAAACGGUGUCGUGCAAACUACAAAUGCUCACCAUACCUUGACCUGAUUAUCCCAAUUGAACCUCCUAUGUUUCACCCAAGCGACGAUGAUAUUGCAUCUCUGAAGGCGUGGAUUGAAGAACCUGACAAUGUAGAACCGAAAAUGGUUGUUCUGAAUCUACCAUCAUUUGAUGAAGUGGAUAGGGAGUUUUUCCGUGAGCUUGUUCAACCAGAUGAGACACUAUGGUCCUAUCAUAUGGAUGCUCUAUCGUACCUGCUUGUAAAAGAUUGUAAGACGGAGAAGCCGUAUAAGCUAAUAAACCCUUACUUUACGCAUCAACUGUUGAGUAAGGAUGCUAACGAUGAGAACGUCUGGACUCGCGAUAAGUAUCUACCAGCUGUGGACUGGAGAGGUUUGGAGAAGGUUUUUGUACCUUUGAAUGUUGUUGGGAUGCAUUGGGUUUUAGCGGAAAUUGACCUACAUGCAAAAUUGGUGCGUGUAUAUGACUCUAUGAGAACGAGUAGGUCAAGGUUGCAUGCGGCCGAUCUGUGUGUCAGACUUCCGCUCCUCUUCCGAGUCAUACAAGCCCACCCAGAUCUGAGUAAGGUAGAGGUUUGGAAAGCUAAGGCAGUUGCAGAUGUUCCGCAACAAGAGGGAGG